AUGCUUGCCAGCAUGUUUGCUCCGCACUCAUUGAGUCCUAUUCCCUCCCGAAUGGCCCUGCUAUUUCUUGCGAGCGCGCUGUUGCCGACGGGGUCAACAGCGGGGAGAACCAGCGCCACCGGCGGGGAUGGAUACAGACUGGGCGAGGAGAUUCCAGUGUCUUGUCUCAAUCGGACUAUGGAAGGCGAACAUAUCACAGAUGACCUAGGCAAACUCCAAUGGAUCCCCUUCGUAACCUGCAACGAGACCUCGCGCCCUCUAUCCCUACACUACGGAACCUCCGAAACGAUAACAUGCACAAUUCCCUCCCUCUCCGACUCGCUCUACCACCUCCUCGAAUUCUACGUCCACUCCGACGUCCCCAUGACCUGCCGCAUACCAACAGCACCUCUAACAUCCAGUAACACCGCGCCGAAAGACCGCACCGAUACCGAUGCUGCGUCUGGCGAGGUCGACUCGCUCGCGGCGCUGAGCGAGAACGGCCCGCCCUUUACCCCGAUCACCAUUGCGCUGCAGGGUACCCUGCAGCUCAGCCACCUGCAUAUCUGGACGGAUAUGAACAUGCUCAUGCAUAAUAUUGCCUCGGACGCGGCGGCGCAACCGCCUAAGGCCAGGAAACACGCUCAGUCUGGUCAGCCUGGAUACGCGGUAGCCGGGACGGCGUACUCGACGCCGGAGUUUGAAGCUGCCGCGAAAAAGGCCUCGCUCGACGAGGACGAGGAAGCUGUGACCGUUGCCCAGGCUGCCCGGGAACCGUGGACAGCGGGGCAUGGGACGAAGGUUGUGCGCGGCGAGCCAUUGACCUUCUCGUUCCAUGUUGCCUGGAUCGAGGGUGGUGCUGGCAUUGGGUGGCCGGAGCGUCCUGCUUCGGAGUCGUUCUUGGAGAUGGGUGGCUCCGGGAUGGUACAGAGUUCUGGGGCUGGCUCGUUCUUCUCGCGGCUGUUUUUGUUCUUCCUCGCUGCUUCCGUUGGUGCUUUGAUUGCGCUGUACUGGGAGCGCAAUGGAGAUCGGUUGCGUGGUCGUUCGGGCUGGCGUGGGGAUGGGAUUCUGGGAGCUCCGCCUGUGAAGGGCAAGGGAACCAGUGUGACGUUUGGUAAUGGUGGACGUAUCAAUGGGUAUGGAGGAUACUCUGCUGCUACUGCCAAUGGCGCGAGUAACGGUGGUGGUGGAGGUACUGGAUAUGGAGGCUUUGCCACUGGAAAGAGGGAUUGA